AAAUCGUUGUCAAUUUUAGAACUUUAAUGUGUAGAAAUUGUGUGUGAGGAGGCUUCAAAUGGUGUUGUAGACAAUGGGGGAGCCUUGAAGUAAAAAAAUCGAGUAGUCAUUGUCAUUAGUUUACCUUGCCCAAAGUAAUUUUUAAUGUCAUUUUUUUUAUUUCACCAAAGGUAGGUGAUAAAGGCCAAAAAUGGUGAGGCGACGUCGUUCAGGAUCUCCUCGUUCCAAACACGGGCCUUUUACAGAUAACUACAAUGCCAUGAAUCACGAAGGGCGAUUUGGCCCCCCUUCAAGAAGUCAUAGAGGUUUCAGAGGACCUCCUGGAAAAGCCCCACCCAGCUGGAGAGAAAGCAAUAGUAGUGGACCCCAGCCAUACCCCAAGAGGCCCUCACACAUGGGUGAACAUAGAGAGAGACCUGGACAAUGGAUGCAACAGAACCAAGAUCACUUCCACGGAUUUCCCAGGUCACAGGAUUCACAGCGGGGCCGCAGAAGGCCUUCUCCACCCCGCUCGAGCCGCCCUCCCCCAGUGCAGCACAGGCAGUCCCCACACGGCGGUCCUAUGCAUGGACCACCUAGUCACAGAGCACCACUCUUCCAUGGAAACCACGUCAACCUCCCAUCUCCAUCUCGCCAUUUUCACGGGCCACCAUCAGACCGGAGGGUUCCAUCUCCUCACAGUUCCUUCAGAGGUCCGCAGCGACGCCCAAGCCCUGCUCAAGAGCACGAGAGAGGCUGGGGUCCUGGACCUCGGGAGAGGCCUUUCGGAAGAUCGGCAUUUGGAGGGCAGAACUGGAAUGGGCCGGGGGGUUACUCACACGCCCCCGGUGGGGAUUCUAGGCCCUCUGGCCCACCCCAGAGAAAACCCAGAGAGUUUCCUGGAAGGAGUUCAUAUCAAGAGAGGUGGUCUGGAGAGAGAGAUCAACGUGCCCCGUAUCAUGGAGAAGCUGGAAGGGAGUCUCGUCGCCCCAGCCAGGAUUGGGGGCACAGAGGAGAGGCCAGUCCAAACUCUCGACCCCCUUACAGAUCACCGGCACACAAGCCAGGUCCACCCUCAUUGGUAUCAUCUUCCAGAUUCUAUCCUCCUCUACGACCCCAGGACAGGCCCGGCGGACGGCCAAUGAAGAGGAGAAUUCAAGACUUCAGAUGUCCAAGCGAUUUGGAUCACGGACCACCGAAGCGCUUCCGAAGAGAGUUUUCAGUAAGACCUCUUCCUCUCAGAGGCUUCAGAGGUCACGGUUUGACCCUUAAUGAUAAGAGUCGACUGCUAAAGGUACGGAAGUUUAGGGAAGAGUCAGUGGCCAGGUUCAAGCUGCCCCCACCGAGGCCAAGACUCGCAGACAGAUCCCAGAAUCCAAAGCUUCAGACAACACCACGCAAUAGCAAAGAUUCCACAGAUGGUCAACCACGCAAGGUCUCCCGGAAGAAAGAUACGAAGAUGUCAUCACCCAGAGAGUCAUCUCCCAACACAGACUCCAAGACAGCUGAGCCAAAGAGGGACUCCGAAACAAAGGUGGAAUCCCGUCGCUCUGUGAGCGCACACAGAUCCUCGCCAAUAGACAGGAGACUUUCACGUGACCUUGUUGUGGUUUCUCAUUGGGAGGCGGGACACAAACCAAGCACUAGCCCUAAAAAUAAUGCACCCUGGAGGAAUAGAGCCCCAAAGAACAAGUCAGAAGGCUCAGAAUCUGAUGGAAGUUUAACUCUUAAUGAACGCUUUACCAAGCUUAAGAGUCCAGAACAGAAGGACAGACGGCCUUCUGGAGGACCGGAAAAAUCCCUGAGAAAGCCUGGUCCAUUUCUGCGGCCUAAUUUCCGGCCAGUUGGAGUAAAUACUGGACCAGGCCCACUUGAAAUUCCUAGGAAACCCUUGAUGGCCACUAUUAUUCCAAGACCACCCUUUAGUUCGAAGCCUGUCUUCAAGAAGAGCCAAAGUAUCAUGUCAAAGUACAAGAACUUGCAGUCGCUACGGCACAAGGUUCCCCAUCAACGGCAGGCCACUAGCUAUCGCCGGUGGUAAUGCACAAUGAUCACGCAUCAUGGCAAGUUGUCUAUCAUCUCUGCAGAGCUUCCCUACUUUUGACCCCUGUCCUUUAUCUCUUACUGCAAGGCAGUAUUAAUCAAUGUAAAAAUGGCAAAAAAUCACUGUCUUUAUUUCUUCUAUGAUUUUGUUUUAUGGAGUUGUUUUUCUUUGCUAUUAUUUUGCGCAGUGUAGACCUAAAGGCCUUGAAUUUUGUGCACUGGUCCUUUUGGAGAUUAAAGAAUAUGUCUGAUGUUUGAAAUAUACCCUUAACUUAUGUACAAAGCUUUCUCUUUACAAGAGUUUUGUGAAUCUGAUUUUAUCUUUGGUUAAGAUUCUUUCACAUCUCUUGUCGUUUUAUGUUUAUACGUUUGGUGUCUGAAUAGCUGCUUUCCAAAAGUGACUGUUAUCAAUUAUAUGAUGCCUGUAGAAUGCUUUGUAUGGUGCUCACACUUUUCAGUUGGUUUCUCUUAAUGACAGCGGUGUGUUUCGAUUGGCUGAGCUGCACGUUAAUAAGUGAUUUCACCAAAAUGUUUUUUUUUUUGUGUGUGCAGCUCCUAAAACACAAUGUACAGUCUUUGUAGUCACACUUUGAAUAAAACUGGAAAUAUCA